UGUUGUCUAGAUUCGUGCUUGGUGCUGGAUUACCAUAAAUUUCCUUUGCAGUCUCCUCAACGUGCUUUGGUAGGAAACUAAAGAACUAUGUUGCCUUGAUUUGAUUUGAAAUAUGCAAUAGUACGAAGACUACAAUGUUGCCACGUGCCUUGUUUCAUUAUUGGUUCUUCCUGUGGCACAUGUUUUGGUGUUGCUUUAGUGUGUGGUUUGUUAGCUAUGACUAUUGAUGCCCACUUUCUCUUUUAGCUUUGAUUGAAGGGGUGAUUUAAACGAUCUAUUCAAUGCAUUGUUGCUUUGACCUUCGGCAUUAAGUUAGGAACCAUAAUAUGCAGAAGGUAUCAAUGCGGCACUACCUUAUUGAGGAUCAGAAAAUAGCAACUCACGCAAUUGCCCUUGAGGCAGUGCUGCAUGGGCUUAUUUCACAAAUUCUUGUAUUAAUUGGUUGUGCAAAAAAAUUAGCACUUCAUACAUGAGUAGGUUCAGCAUUUCAAGUUUGUAUCCUUCUGAAUUUGUAUCUAUGUAUUUAGCAUGAGGUUCAAGUUGGUUUGUUGUCAUCGGCAAAUGGUUUGCGAAGUGAGUAGGAGUGUCUAUUGAGGAUCCCUUUUGAAACAGGUUGGGUAGGGGGCCUAGGGGCACAUGUAGAAAAUAACUUCUCCUCGAACCUAUUUUUCUUGGUAUCCUUCCCAUAAGCAAUUCAAUGGUGAAACCAACAUUGGAGAAGGCAGAAAACGAAGUUCAAUCAUCUUCUGCUUGGAUUUGCCCUUUAUGGUUUCUGUUAGUGUCUAAAGUCAUAUGUGCAUUUAGAACUACACUAUAAGGUCAUAAACCUACCUACAUUUUUCGUGUAUCAAAAUUUCUAAUGCUUUUGUACUAGGUUUUCUUUAUAGUUAUGAUCUUAUGCCCCCGUUCUAUUUCCAUCCUCGAAUUAUAUGAGAAGGCCUCACUAAAGUUAUGGGUACUGAAUGUACAUUCUAGCCUUUUCAUAUCAAAGCUAUUAUUUUGGUUUAUUUCCUUUUCCUUGUCUGAAUGUAUGUCAUUCGGGUUAAAUUACGCAUGCUUCUCAUUUAUGUUUCCCUGUACUUAUCAAAGUGCAUCUUGUUCAAUGGAGAGAGGAGAGAGCAUACUAGAUGCCAUAUUUGAUGAGGAUAGCUUGGAGGAUGUCCUAGAUGUCGAGAUGAUGGAUGUUGAAGAAGGAGGUUUGGUGGGGCAUGAUUUACAGAUUGAAUUGGGACAAACCAUUGGUGGUAAUGAUGUUGAAGUAAACCAAGUAUAUGCCGGUAAGAAUCGCAGGUAUAACAACAAGAACAAGAAGAAGAAUAGGAGAGAGAAAGCCAGCUCAGGGCCAAAAGGGACAGAUAUUGACAGGUGAAUGCAAUUCAAGCUUGUGGUGGGCAGAAAACUGCAGUUGGAAGAGGCUUUGGAAAUGGUAGUGGCAUACUAUGGAUGUCUUGAAAGCACGAGACAGGGGGGGGAAAGUUUGAGGUGUAUUACAAUGCUUAGCCCCUGGUAAUACUAUGUAGGGCACACAACUUGUAUUAUGCUUAAUCAUUGCCAACACCGCCACACCGGGCUUCUCACCACCAGGCCAUUGUUUAGUUUAAGUUGUGCUUUAGCUUCACUCCUAAAGAUGCCUAUCAAGACCACAAGUACUUCCCACUGCUUGGUUCAUCAAUGCUGUUCCAUGCAAUUUGCUUCGUUUGAGAGUCUUCUAACGCUUUGAAGUGUUAUUAACUACCACUUUGCAGAAGCAAUUCAAGCAACCGAUCGUGAGGUAAAACUCAGUGCAGAAUAAAGAAGCUACUUAUGAAAGAAAAAGUCAUGCUCCAGACUACAGUCAGCAGCAGUUCAGAUGGUUUGCAGAUAAUACCCAAUGUGCAUAACGAUUCGAACAAUCCAAUAUUGAUGGGGAUCGUGAAUUUGUCCAUUAUAAAGUGAGGGUGCCCAUUACAUAUGAUGACCUGCCUGAAAAGGAGGAUCUGAAAGAAGAAUCAACGUAAUCUCUGAAGAAAUGGGCUUGUGUGGCUCUAACUACAGAUUUGGGAAUUUGGUAAUCAAGUUUGAAAAUAUUGUCCAGCAGUCCCUUUCUCUCUGCUACUGAGGGAGCAGAAUUCAUGUUUAGUUAUCGUCAAAGGAGGAGGGGUUCUGUGAUCCUUUGGAGUUGGCAUAUGUUGACAGAGAAGUAAAAAAGAAGAAAAUGACAAAAGGAAAAUUUGCUUUUUGUUAGAUGUUACCAAGGAUUGGUAGAGUAUUAUAUUGAGAACUUUCCCAUUGAUUUGGGCCAAGCAGUAAUGGAGAUGUUAUGGUGGUGAUUCGCGUUUCACUAUGUUAUGAUUGGACCGAGGCUUUCUUUUGUUCUUUUGGGUGAGAGAAACUGACUCGGUUAAUUUCGAUUGUGUGGGUGUGUACAGUUAUAUGUAAGUUGACAAAUUAGA